AACACAAAAGCAAUCAGACCCUCCCAACACCGACGCCCUAUCCACUACGUGCCGCCGUCGGUCUGCUCCAUCAUCGCCUCAACCACAACCAGCAACGGCGUCGGCAGCAGCAGCGGCCGGGCCAUCGACCGCCACUCGCCGCGCCUCUGCGACCCUCACCGCUCCUCCACCUCCAAGCCGCCAAGGCCAAUCACGAGUACCAGCAGCACCAAAGACUCGGCAUCCUCCGGCUACUCCAAGCAGCAGCACGGCCAUGGCAGUAAGAAGAAGAAGAAGAGCACCACCGCUGCUGCUGGGACUUCAGAGAAGAGGUUGGUAAGCCCGGCGACGUCAUCCAGGUUCCUCAACUCCUCCCGCCUGCAGUCCGAUGACCUCGACGUCCUCGCGCUACCCCCGCCUCCGCCGCCGCCGUUCAUCGACGUGUUCCCCAGCGGCGAAGGGAAACCGCCGUCCUUCAUUGAUGUGUUCCCCGGCGACGCCUCGCUCCCUCUUUCCUUUGCCAAGAUCGCUGAGCGGCCGGCCCCGUGCGUGGGGAUGUUGAAGGCGGCGGGGAGAUCGCGGGUGAUGAGCCAGUGCGAGAGCGGAAUGAGCUCGUCCGGCGACGGCAGGUCCUCGUCGAAGCGCCCGAACCAGCUGGGCUCCUCCUCCUCCCUCAUCCUCCCGGCCCGGAGCAUAGCGGCGGCGGAUAGCAGCAGCGCGGCGGCGGAUAGCAGCAGCGCGGCGGCGACGCGUAGUGGACAAGGCGUCGGUGUUCCACGGGGGAGGGUCUGA